AUGACACCCAAAGUCCUCAUCGUCAUCACCUCCCACGACAAGCUCGGCGCCACCGGCAAUCCAACUGGCUGGUAUCUGCCCGAAUUCGCCCAUCCAUGGGAAGUUCUCCACGACAAGGUCUCCCUAAGCAUCGCCUCCCCAAAAGGCGGCGAAGCACCCCUAGACCCAGCCUCAGUCAAGAUGUACGAGUCAGACGAGGUAGCUCAGAAGUUCCUGAAAGAACAAAAAGCCCUGUGGACGAAUACGCAUAAGUUGGCGGAUAUACUCCCGCGCGCGGCUGAGUUCGAUGUUGUUUUCUAUGUUGGUGGUCAUGGACCAAUAUUCGACCUAACCACAGACCCGACCUCGUUAGCUCUAAUCCAGACCUUCGCCACAGCCAACAAGCCCGUUGCGGCCGUCUGCCACGGUCCCUGCGUUCUGCUAAAUGCAACUGCUCCCUCCGGCGUGCCACUUAUCUCCGGCGUUGGCGUGACGGGAUUCUCGAAUGACGAGGAGGAUGCUGUGGGUCUGUCGUCUGCGAUGCCGUUUUUGCUGGAAACCGAGUUGGGCCGUGUUACCGGUGGGAAGUAUGUUAAGGCUGCGGAGCCUUGGGGGGAGAUGGUUGUUGUUGGGAAGGCGGCUGGGACGGAGUCGACUAUUAUCACUGGUCAGAACCCUGGGUCGGCGACAGGGGUUGGGAAGGAGAUUUUGAAGAUUUUGGGGUUGUAG